AUGCGGCGCCCGUGGAUCCUUGUUUCUGCUUUCGCGGCCCUCACCCUGAGGUGCUUCGUGUCGCCUACGAGCCUGGGAAAACCAAGAACUGUGCGUGUGUCAACGGCAGCAAGGACCUCCCAGUGGCGUGCCGCCUUGGAAGGCAUUCUUCGGUCCGGAAGAUCAGCAGAGAAACAGUGGCAAAUGUUCUGCACGGAGGAGUGGACGGGGAAGACCCAGCAGCCAGACCUGGCGCCGGAGAAUUACAGUGUGCCGGCUCUACGGCGGUUUGUUUCGGCCUUUCAGCAGGGGUACCGCCGACUGUCUCCUGGAGCGCUGCUGCUUGAGGCGGCAGAAGCCGAGCCGACGGGAAGGUUCACCAUGGCUAUGGAGCAUUAUUGUGCGAGCAUGUAUGGCAAGAAGGACGUCUUGCUUCAUGAAAGUGAUGACCUCCUUGGCUUCCUGACCUCUCUUGCCGAUGCUUUCUUAGCGAAGAAGAAGGUCGUUCCGCAAAGGCUCGUUCGCGUCACGGGUGAUCUUUUCGGAAGUGAGCGACUGCAGGAGAUCUUGGAGGAGUUCCCACAUUUGAAGGAAGAGCUCCACGACGAUGUCCGACCUGUGCUGGAGGCCGCCGAUGCUGGUGAUGCGGAGGCAGCCUUGCGUGAGGUCGCAGCCAACGUGUUCUGCGAGAAUCCGAGCGCAGCAGUGCUGCAAAAUCUGAAGAUGCUUGGCCGCCCCAGCCCAUACCAGGACACCGAAGAUUCCCUCGGCGCGACGGGAUUGCAGGAGCUCUGUCCAGAGCUUGAGGCAGAGCUUCGACCCUGCGCAUGGCGGCUCCUGGGGCGCAGCAGUGCCGGGCACGCCAAGGAGGUACUCAGAAUCUUCCGAGAGACCGCCACCUCCGACCUGGACCAGUCAGCCUACCUCAUCUCGCUUCUGACGCAGCGCUUGCGACCACGAAGAAAGCAGUCCUGGGUUCGAAAUACUGACAGGCCGCUCGGCGACGAUGGGCUGAAGCAGCUUCUGCGCGAGUUUCCGCAGCUGCAGGAGAUGUGUGAGGCUGAUGUUCUGACGGCAAUUGCGUUGACGGAUGCGGCGGACGCGGAGAAAGACCCCAUGGCCUCUGUCGCCGCGUCGAUGGCCCUGGAGCUGGGAUGUGACGUGCGUUUGGCGGCGUCUGCAUUGAACAUUUGCGAAGGUCAUCCUCCAACUGCAGCCAAGGUGAUCAGAGACGGCCUGGCCAACCCCACGGAGCCCUAUGCAGAAGGGCUGGCUCCUGGACCAUGUCAUGGGGAUGCCGUCUUUCGACAUCCCUGGGUCCAAGCCCUUCUUGCGACGGCUCGUGUCCGGGUACGACAGGCUUUGGAUGAGCAGCCAGGGCGGCCGGAUGAUAAAUGGCUGAUUUGUAUCCGGACCUACGGGCGGCCAGGCGUUAGAUGCCAACAAAGCGAGCUUCAUCGAUUCCUCCACAGCGUCUUCGGCAAGGGAGAGGCUGGGCUGCUGGAAAGGAAGCUGAGAUCUGCCAAUCUGGGUUUGCCGGACUUGAGAAAGUUGGCCAGGAAUCCCGCUCACAAAUUUCACGACGACCUGAAGCAGGCCGGUGUGAAGAAUUUGCAGGUCAAGACGGCCAAGAUGCUGGCUGAGAAGGCUCUGCAGCCACGGGAGAUCUGGGAAAAAAAGCUUCGUAGUGCGGAGAAGGGUCUGCGUCAGUUGACCCUGGCUGCUUUGGAGUUGGCCCUCGGCCCAGAAGCGUACAAGCAUUGUUUGAUCUUCGUGUCCCACACAGAUGAUGCCUGGAUCUCUGGCGCGUAUUCUGCUGCACUCGCUGGCACGAAGUGGGAAGGCCGACUGGUGGUCGGCGUUCAAGGGGCACAUCUCCAGGUUCGCUUCAUGGAGGAGGCCUCUCCACUAGGCAGUCACAUUGUGGUCAUGGAUGACAACAUCGAGAAGUUGAUCGUGGAAAUUCCGGACGAUGCCGUCGUCGCUGAGCAGAAAGCGGCAGGUAUCAUCGAGUGCUACGCACGAUCCCUGAAGAGGGAAGACUGUAUCAGCCCAUUGUGGGGCACUGGCUUGACCACAGUAGAGGAAUCAGACCUCAUGUGUUUCCUGCGUGGAGUUUGCCCAGAAAUUGCAAAGAAGACUCUGGAUGUCGAAAAAAUUCUCCGUAAAGCGAAGGUCACAUCUCUCGUUGCAUUCAAGACCCUGCCUGCACAGCGAAUGGAUACUGUUCUUACGGCCAUAGGUUUGUCAAAGAGGAAGCGAAAGAGAUGCCAUGAAGCCGCAGCCGGGGACACUGACGAGUAUUCGAAGAUGCCGCCCAGACUGCUGGCACUGCCGUCCAAGAAGGCCAAAAAAUGCUCAGCUGACACGGAGCCAGAGCUGUCCGAGCUGGUAAAGCACGCUGGGCGCGAAAUGCGGAAGCGUGGUCUGCAUCUGUGGGGUGUGAAUCCCUCCAGAAAUCAUUUCUUCUUGAGGUCAUCUGGUGAUGAUCUUCGCAAGAGGGCCGCCAAGACAGGUGUUUUUCAGGACUACUCGCAGAGGCUUGGCCUGGUGUAUGGUGCCUGGUUCGGUUUCCGAGUGACACAUGAGCGACGUUUCUACACCAGAACGGGACAGAUCAAAGACGAUGUCGAGCGCACCUUGAGAUACUGGCAUGCCGACAAGGGGGUUCUUCGUUUCAUGCGGUACGGGGCCGACAAGCAGAGCUAUAAGCCGGGGCGGUUCAGUUCGAGGAAAGGUGGGAUUUCCGCCAACUCCUCGCACGAGGAACACACGAACGAGGCCCAGGCUGCAACACGUGCUCUCGUCAAUGAGUUUGCUGCUUACGUCCGUUUGCCCAAGGCCAAGGAGAGGUCGUCCUGUGGCCUUGUCUGGCAUGCGGCAGAAGCCGUGUCGACUUGA